CUCUGUCCUUUGAGCGGAGGCGCCGGGGGCCGAAUUGUUCGUGCGGAGGCUGGGGGCCCGGCUCCGCUUUCCGAGAAGCAGCCUCUGAUCCGUCCCCAUUGUCUGGCGAGCGACUGCCGGGUCAACGGGGCUAAACGGGACCUCCCAGGCAGGCAAACAAACGCGCAAACGUGGUACUGAAAGCAGCCCCCUCCUCGCCCUGCGCAGAGCCAUUGUGUCGGAGAUAAUCUGACUUGAAGAUUUCACUUUAGCCAGUCCAAGAUGGAAGCCCCACUGGUGAGUCUGGAUGAGGAGUUUGAGGAUCUGAGACCCUGCUACAUUGAUGACAGAGAAGAAAAACCACAUUGUUUUUACGGCUCAUCCCCUCAGCAUCUGGAAGAUCCCUCCCUUUCUGAGCUUGAGAACUUCUCCUCUGAAAUUAUCAGUUUCAAGUCCAUGGAAGACUUGGUGAAUGAAUUUGAUGAGAAGCUGAAUGUCUGCUUUCGGAAUUACAAUGCCAAAACUGAGAACCUGGCUCCUGUAAAAAAUCACCUCCAGAUACAAGAGGAGGAAGAGCAUCUUCAGGAUGAGGAGGUUACAGACAAGUGGAUGGGGGAAAGCAGAAAACAUGAUAUACCUUUGCAGUUCCACAUUAGUGAGAUAAGGGUUUGGGAUGCUUUAACGGACAAUUACAUCUCAUCAAUCACUGAGGAUUGGAGGGACCCUGAUAUCGAGGUGUUGAAUGGCAAUAUUUCUGACUCAGAGAUCCACGAGAAGGAGGAGGAAGAGCUCAAUGAGAAGAGUGAAAAUGACUCUGGUAUUAAUGAGGAGCCUCUACUCACAGCAGAUCAGGUAAUUGAAGAAAUUGAGGAGAUGAUGCAGAAUUCCCCAGAUCCUGAAGAGGAAGAGGAGAUCUUGGAGGAAGAUGAUGGAGGAGAAACUUCUUCUCAGGCUGAUUCAGUCCUGUUGCAGGAGAUGCAGAUUUUGACACAAACCUUUAACAACAAUUGGUCCUAUGAAGGUUUGGAACAGAUGUCAGUGUCUGAGUUGGCCGAGCUGCUGGAUCACGUGGAGGGUGCCAUCCGUGACUACUCAGAAGAGCUGGUGCAGCAGCUGGCUCGUCGAGAUGAGCUGGAGUUCGAGAAAGAGGUGAAGAACUCCUUCAUCACAGUGCUGAUCGAGGUCCAGAACAAGCAAAAAGAGCACAGAGAGCUGAUGAAAAGGAGGAGGAAAGAGAAAGGCCUGAGUCUUCAGAGCAGCCGAAUAGAAAGGGGCACCCAAAUGCCUCUCAAGCGAUUCAGUAUGGAAGGAAUCUCUAAUAUCUUGCAGACUGGUAUUCGGCAGACAUUUGGAAACUCAGCAACUGAUAAACAGUAUUUGAACACGGUUAUUCCAUAUGAGAAGAAAGGGUCGCCUCCCUCUGUGGAAGAUCUGCAGAUGCUGACAAACAUUCUUUUUGCAAUGAAGGAGGAUAACGAGAAGGUCCCUACAUUGCUAACGGACUACAUUUUAAAAGACUGUCUCUCGUAUGCUGUCAAUGCCCUGCCUGCUGAUGCCGAGGCAAUGUGGAAGCUGCCUGAAUCAAAAGCAGCAAGGACAGGAGCCAGACCUGUGCUCUGCCCUACCUAAUCUGCCUUUGGACCCGCAGUGGAACACAAGACAACAAGGCCAGAGUCAUUCCAUCACAGGGACUGCAUGAUAAACUUCAAAACAUGUAUUUAAAAAUGUAUAGCAUUAACCUGGAUUAAACAUAAGCAAAAACUAUUCCUUUGCUGUUGGCUUCUAGUCCUAGUAAUCAUUGAAUGCAAAAGUGAAGGCAGGUGCUGCUAUUUUCUCUCUUUGCCACCUGACAUAAUGAAGACAGUCCUUCACCACACCCUAUGUAUUUUUGGUCCAGCUUCCCAAAACAUAUCACACUAUGGGACUAAUUUUGAAAUACUGAAAUAAACUUUCAUUUAAUUAAAAGUUGUCGCACUUCUUGGAGAAGCAGCUGCCUUACACCAGCUUUGAAUUCAGAUUCUUAUGGCUGGGGUCCUUACCCCCUCAAACAAUCAAAUCUAAACUUUGG